AUGUAUGUCGUAGAUGCAUCGACAGGCAGUAUUGAAACUAUGAAAAUUACAAUAAUCAAUUCAACUGGAGCAUAUUGGGUCGUCGAUGUCUUACCUGAGUUUACGAUAGAUAAACUAAAAUUGAUGGCUUUAAGCCAUUUCUUUAAUCCCAUCGAUAGCAUCAAAGUCUCCGAUCGUUAUAAAUUAAUACUCGUUUCCCAAAAUCGGCCACUUGCCGAUGAAGGAACUAUAAGAGAUGAAGAUAUUAGAGAGAAUGAUGAGUUGCUGUUAUUAAAAAGAAGAUCUCAAGCUCUGCCUGCUAAUGAAUCUCAAGAGGAGAAAGAAGAAAAAUGCCGUGGUCCUACAGACACAGAAAUCCAGAAGGAAACUGCAUUUUUGCAAAUGAGAAACGUUGAUACUUUAAUUGAAAACCCCCCUGUGCCUGUUGACUUUCAUACUGAGCUUAGAAAAAUUCUUGUGUCCCUCGUAAAAGUGUCCGAAAAGCUUCUACGAUAUCAUCCGGAGGUUGUGGCACUUUUUAAAGAAAUGGCUGAAGGUAAAGAGGCAAAAGAAGAAGAAAUCUGUGUAGAUAGAACUUCAUUGAAACAGUUGGCAGACAUGGGCUUUUCUGAAAACAAGGCAAUUGAAGCUCUGAAGCAGAACAGUAAUGUGUCAGAUGCAAUGGAUUGGCUGCUGGCUCAAGCUGUCGGCACAAGUUCAUCGAGCAACGAACCGGCCCCCAAACCCAGCUCUUCUCCUACGUUUUCUCGAAAGUUUUCCAAACUGAAUGUCUCAAAAAUAGUUGAGCGAGUCUCUCAUUCAAGUUCUUCCAAGGAGGACACUGAAAAACCCAGUACAUCCCAGUCUCAUUCUGCUAGUGCUUCUGCCAGUACCAGUAGCGAACAAAAUAGAAUAGUGGAGAUGAUACGCUGCUUCCGUGCAUACAAGAGGAAGGUCUUCAGACCGAGUCCUGCUGCUUUAUCGAAUUUGAAAGAAAUGGGCUUCACAGAAUCUGAUAUUUUAGAUGCCUUAAGGAUUAAUGGAAAUAACCAAGACUCUGCUUGUGAUUGGCUACUUAGUGAUAAGAAACCUAAUUUCGAAGACUUAGAAGAAGGUUUAGAUCCACAAGGCCCAAUAUAUAAAUCCAUAAUGUCGAAUGCUGUCGUUCAGCUUGGUUUGAGCAAUCCAAAAACUUUUCUAGCACUUCUCCACAUGCUCGAAAAUCCUACUAGUGCCUGUAGGUGGCUGAGUGAUCCUGACACAGCUCCUAUCCUAAGUCAAAUCUUUCGCAUCUACCACGCGGAGAAACAUUCACUUCAUCUAGCAAGACCAUUUACGCAGUAACCAAGUAACAGAUUUCGUCUAAUAAUGUAAUAUAUGUAAUAUCAGACUUUUAGCUCAGUUUUAAGAAAAUGGAGAGAGUGUUCUACUCGAAUGCAUGAU